AUUUGGCGAUUAAAGAAACAUGGGAUCGGAGGCCAUCCAGACCAGUCCGCCGAUUAAAAUAAUUUGUGUGAGAAGAACACAAAACAAUUUUAUCCAACAAUUCGAUCGUAGAAUAAUUCUCUGCACACAAUGGAAGAAAACCUUCAAAGAUUCUUCAAGGUUUUGAUGCCCGGCUUUCAUACCAAAAUUAUGCUUCCCCCAGUGAUGGACAAUGAGGAGUCAUUGAUUGGAGAGGAGGCAAAGGAGAGUGAGUUAAUCAGCAGAAAGGGAAGAUGGAAGGUCACAAUAAAGAAAAGUUGUGAAGGGAGUCUUUGGUUCACAGAUGGGUGGGGAGAGUUUGUGAGACAACAUGACUUGGCUUUGGGUGACUUUGUGGUCUUUAAACACAUUGGCGCCCUACGGUUUAAGGUCACUCUCUUUGAUCCCACUUGCUGCGAGAAAGACUUCCCUGCCUGUGACCUACAACCACAAACCACUAACAACACUACCAAAUUGAAAGCGGAUGACGACGAAGGAGUACAAGGGCAGAAACAGAACGAUCAGAAACCAAACAACUUGGGCGUUUUAACAAGAAAAAGAGGUCGUCCAGUGGAGAAUAAAAUUUCAUUGGAUCAAAGUCAACUUUCAGUAGUAAUGAAGUCUUACAACCUCCGAACCACAGGCUCUUAUUUGGUUUAUGACUUUUAAUGAGGCACACAUUGGAUGGAAUUUAAAGGCUUUGUUCCUGGCUUGCUGCGUAAUAAGCCCUUGCAUAAAGACUUUUGCCAAGCAAAUGGGCUGAAUGAGAACAAGAGAAUAAGAUUGAAAGGGCCGAGUGGGGAGUGCGAAGUUAACUUCUUGCGCGGUAAGAGUCUCUUACCUAUGCAAGGGCUGGGAUCAGUUUAUUGUAAUGAACAAACUUAAAACAGGAGACACAUGCGUCGUGAAACCCCGCAACACCUCUCUAGGUUGCACUGCAAUUGAUAUUGACAUUCAUCGGGUGAUAUGAUCCACCCACCCUGAAAUUAUACGUAGUAUUAUAAUGUAUAUUUGGUGUUCAUCACCGAUAAUAUUUCUCCAUUU